CUGUAGGAGCUGGAGUGGGAGGGCCACGGGCACCUUUCUCUCGGAUUCCCUGGCAUCCCCAGAAGCUUCAACUCUGGAGGCAAUGGGUCGGAAGGAAGAAGAUGACUGCAGUUCCUGGAAGAAACAGACCACCAACAUCCGGAAAACUUUCAUCUUCAUGGAAGUGCUGGGAUCAGGAGCUUUUUCAGAAGUUUUCCUGGUGAAGCAAAGGGUAACUGGGAAGCUCUUUGCCCUGAAGUGCAUCAAGAAGUCACCUGCCUUCCGGGACAGCAGCCUGGAGAAUGAGAUCGCUGUGUUGAAAAAGAUCAAGCAUGAAAACAUCGUGACCUUGGAGGACAUCUAUGAGAGCACCACUCACUACUACCUGGUCAUGCAGCUUGUUUCUGGUGGGGAGCUCUUUGACCGGAUUCUGGAACGGGGUGUCUACACAGAGAAGGAUGCCAGCCUGGUGAUCCAGCAGGUGUUGUCAGCAGUGAAAUACCUCCACGAGAAUGGCAUCGUCCACAGAGACUUAAAGCCUGAAAACCUGCUGUACCUCACCCCUGAGGAGAAUUCUAAGAUCAUGAUCACAGACUUUGGCCUCUCCAAGAUGGAGCAGAAUGGUGUCAUGUCCACUGCCUGUGGGACCCCAGGCUACGUGGCUCCGGAAGUGUUGGCCCAGAAACCCUACAGCAAGGCUGUGGAUUGCUGGUCCAUUGGAGUCAUCACGUACAUAUUGCUGUGUGGGUAUCCCCCCUUCUAUGAAGACACUGAGUCUAAGCUUUUUGAGAAAAUCAAGGAGGGCUACUAUGAGUUUGAGUCUCCGUUCUGGGAUGACAUUUCUGAGUCAGCCAAGGAUUUUAUUUGCCACUUGCUGGAGAAGGACCCAAAUGAGCGGUACACCUGUGAGAAGGCCUUGAGGCACCCCUGGAUUAACGGAAACACAGCUCUCCACCGGGACAUCUACCCGUCAGUCAGCGUCCAGAUCCAGAAGAACUUUGCCAAGAGCAAGUGGAGGCAAGCCUUCAAUGCAGCAGCCGUGGUACACCACAUGAGGAAGCUGCACAUGAACCUGCACAGCCCAGGUGUCCGCCCGGAGGUGGAGCACGGGCCACCCGUCACUCAAGCGUCUGAAGCCUCAAGACCCAGCUCCCCUGAGAUCACCGUCACCGAGGCACCCGCCCUGGACCAGAGUGUGGCCCUCCCUGCCCUGACCCGGCGGCCCUGCCAGCAUGGCCCCCAGCCCACCGCCCCUGGGGGCAGGUCCCUCAACUGCCUGAUCCACGGCUCCCUCCGCAUCAGCAGCAGCCUUGUGCCCAUGCAGCAGGGGCCCCUAGCCGUUGGGCCUUGCGGUUGCUGCUCUAGCUGCCUGAGCGUCGGGACCAAAGGGAAGUCCUCGUACUGCUCUGAGCCCACGCUCCUCAAAAAGGCCAACAGAAAACAGUACGUAUUUUCAGCCAAAGCCCAAGGCCUAGCCCUGCUCAGCCUGGGUCUGAAAGAACUCAGGCAAUGGAGCUGAAAGAAAUUGACCAAAGAGCCUCUCCCAUUUGGGGGCAGCUCUGUAGGGUGGAAGAGCUCUGGAUGCGGGGGGAGGAGGGGGGGGGGUCAAGGGAAAUGCCUCCAGUCCUGUCCCCACCCCUCACCAGCUGUGUGGCCACUGUCUUUUCAAUCCAUAUCUCUGUUUCUAGUUUGCUCAUCUGUAAAAUGGGUUGAUUGGAUCAUACCUGCUCAGCCUGCCCCACAGAGGUACUGUCAAA